AUGAAGAACAAGCUGAUCCUAACGACGGCGCUCUCGAUCCUUGUGUCUACUGUUUCCAGUUCAUACCCCAAACCAGACCAGCAGCCCCUCGUAUCCGGCAAUGAUCUACUCGACCUGCAAUUACCCAUGGCAGGUGGUGGUGUCACAUCCCAGCCUGAUGAAGAGCAGGCACCAGAACUCCAUGUCGACUCUUCAGUCGGCGAUGCUUCGAAAGCGCCUGAGAUUCAUUCCAACUUCCCAGGCGGCGAGGCUGAGGAACUUGGUCGAUGGUCAUAUGAACCAGUCUGUACAGACUAUUUUGACGUUCUGAAGGGACCACUAUGCGUUUUCACAAACUCCAGUUUCAGCAAUGGCCGGGGAAUAUCCAUCUUUACCACUCCAACCAUUGCCGCUGAGUUCGCUGCUCUCCUGCCGUUCCAGGACCCAACGGCCCUAUCUAGUCGAGGAAUCAAUCCGCCAUCCGAGACGGACAGGCCGUGGCAGACCAAAUCCAUUCCUGGGAAAGGGAUAGGCAUGCUCGCGAAACACCAGCUGCAACGUGGAGACCUGGUGGCGGCAUACACGCCGUAUCUGCUUGCACAUAUGGAGAACCUCCUGUCCACGACGGACAGGGAGAGGUACCUACGCAUCGCGAUCGAACAGCUCCCCGAGCCGAGCAAGGCCCACUAUCUCAGCUUGGCGACCAUCUAUGGCGAUCUCAAUGUGGUCAUGCAGGACGUGGUGAAAGCGAAUGCGUUCGAGAUGCAAGUCGGGGGCCAGAUGCAUUUGGCGGUGUUCCCGGAGUCCUCAAGAAUCAAUCAUGCAUGUGCGCCAAAUUCACAAUACCAUCUCGAUCCAACUAUGCUGACGCACUACGUCUACGCCGCCCGAGCCAUUUCGCCCAAUGAGGAAAUCACCAUCGCCUACGCGCCGCCACUGUCUUUGUUUGCUGAGCGGCAGGACUAUCUACUCUCCACGUUCCACUUCCAAUGCAGCUGCUCGCGAUGCCAGCACGGCCUGGCAGGCGACAAGGCUGUCUCUGAUAUCCUUGCACUUCAGUGGGCUCUGGGCAACUGGGACGUCAAUUCAACCGCCAGCGUGAGGAAGGCUGAGAUGCUGGUUCGGCUGUACAAGGAGGAAGGCCUGGAGGCGUUCAUCGACACCGCUUAUGGCCACGCGGCCUUCACUUACAACGCUGUGGGAAGUCCUAGGGGAGCGAAGAAAUAUGCAAAGCUUGCUGCGGAGGCUGCUGUGCUCAAGUACGGCCAUGCGGCACCGGGGCUGGAGACGUGGAACGAGUUGAUGCAUGACCCGGAGCGGCAUUCGAGUUGGAGGCGGAGGAAGGAUGGUUGA